AAUCACAAAAAUACCAAACGGUCGAAAUCACCGAGGAAGCGCAUCUCUCCGAAAAGAAAACCGAAGAAAUAUCGGAAAAGAAGGUUGGCAACGUGCAACUUGACGAACACGAACAUGUGGAAGUGGGAGACGAUAUACCAGCAGAGUUGGAGGCGCUGCUUCACACUGACCCAAGUAAGGGCUUGACCACCCAAGAAGCACAAACUCGUCUGGAAACGUUUGGACGUAAUGAGUUGGCGGAAAUCAAGACUAACCCUAUCUUGAAGUUCUUGUCGUAUUUCACUGGUGCGAUUGCGUAUCUGAUCGAGCUUGCGUGUAUCUUUGCUGCUGUUGUCCAUGACUGGCUGGAUUUCGGUAUUAUCCUUGCUCUACUUUUUGUCAAUGCGUUCAUUGGUUUCAUUGAAGAAGCUCGUGCCGAAUCCGCACUAGACGCACUCAAACAAACACUUGCACAAAAAGCCAAAGUAUGGCGUGAUGGUCACUUUAUAGAUCUUGAUGUAGCAGAACUUGUGCCUGGUGACGUGAUUGGUCUUCGUCUAGGUGACAUUAUUCCAGCUGACGCUCGUCUUUUGGGUAUAAGCGUGACGGGUGGUGAGACGGAAGGUACACUCUCGAUUGAUCAGUCUGCAUUGACUGGUGAAUCCUUGCCCGUUGAAAAGAAGAAAGGAGAUACAGUCUAUUCGUCUUCGAUUGUUAAACAAGGUCAAAUGUUGGCUAUUGUCACGAAAACAGGAUCAAGGACUUUCAUUGGCCGUGCUGCUAACUUGAUUUCAAUCACUGUCGAACAAGGACAUUUCCAAAAAGUUAUCAAUCAAAUCGGAAACUUCUUGAUUCUCAUUACCACAGUUCUUGUUGCCAUCAUUUUCGUUUAUCAAAUGGUGAAAUUCCGUCAUACAGACAAAGGUAAAUUCCUCACAGUACUUCAAAACGUACUAAUUUUAACUAUCGCUGCUAUUCCGGUGGGUCUUCCAACUGUCUUGUCUGUCACUAUGGCUGUCGGCGCUAAACAAUUAGCCGCGAAGAAAGUUAUUGUGAAACGUUUGACCGCUGUUGAAGAGAUGGCUUCCAUCUCGGUACUUUGUUCUGACAAGACUGGUACUUUGACGCUUAAUGAAUUGACCUUUGAUGAACCUUAUCUAUCAAAUGGAUUUACCAAGGAGGAUAUUCUAUUGUACUCGUAUCUGUCUGCCGAACCUGGUGCAAAUGAUCCAAUUGAAUCGGCUGUGAGGAAUGCUGCUGAAGAAACUCUUGAAAUUCUUAAAAAUCGACCAAAUAAACAUGAAAUUCCAGGAUACAAAGUCACCGCUUUUGUUCCAUUCAACCCAACCACGAAAAUGACAUCAGCAACCGUAAUUAACCACGAGACUAAAGAAACAUUCAAGGUAGCUAAAGGUGCUCCUCAAGUCAUUAUUCGAUUAGUUGGUGGUGAUGAUGAUGCAGUACGUGCAGUGAAUUCUUUGGCCAAGCGUGGUCUUCGUGCUCUUGGUGUCGCCAAAACUGUUCCUGGGGAUCUUGAAAAAUACGAACUUGUUGGUAUGAUUUCACUUCUUGAUCCUCCUCGUCCUGACUCUGGGGAAACGAUUAGACGUUGCGGUGAAUAUGGUGUGGAAGUGAAAAUGAUCACUGGUGAUCAAUUAAUUAUUGCUAAAGAAGUCGCUCAUCGUCUUGGUAUGCAACGAGUUAUCCUUGACGCUAAUCAUUUAGUGGACCCAAAUAAAUCUGAAGAAGAAGUGACACAACAUUGUGAACGUGCUGAUGGUUUCGCUCAAGUUAUUCCCGAACACAAAUACCGAGUGGUCGAAUUAUUGCAAAAACGUGGUCUAUUGGUUGGUAUGACUGGUGAUGGUGUCAAUGAUGCUCCCGCCUUAAAGAAAGCUAAUGUCGGUAUUGCCGUGCAUGGAUGUACUGAUGCUGCUCGUUCUGCUGCUGAUAUUGUAUUAUUGGCUCCUGGUCUAUCGACUAUUGUUGAUGGUAUUACUACUUCCCGGGCAAUCUUUCAACGUAUGAGAUCUUAUGCUCUUUACAGAAUCACUUCGACGGUUCACUUUUUACUUUUCUUCUUCUGUAUCAUACUUGCUCGAGACUGGGAAAUGAAGGCUAUUCUAUUGAUUUUGAUUACUUUGUUGAACGAUGCUGCAACACUUGUAAUUUCCGUUGACAAUGCGAAGAUCUCGAGACGUCCCGAUAAAUGGCGUCUUGGUCAAUUGAUUACACUUUCCAUUGUACUUGGUAUUUUCUUAACUGCCGCAUCAUUCGCCCACUUCUUUAUUGCACGUGAUGUUUUCGGAAUCGCGGAAGAUGAUGAUCGACUAGAAACCAUCAUGUAUCUACACAUUUCAUCCGCCCCUCAUUUUGUAAUCUUCACGACCCGUCUAUCCGGACACUUCUGGGAAAGUCUUCCAUCGCCAUUGUUCUUUGUCGCAGUCAUGGGAACUCAAGUAUUCGCUAUGUUCCUCUCGGUCUACGGUUUGCUCACCACAGCUAUCGGCUGGGGAUGGGGUAUUAGUGUAAUCGGUGUAUCACUUGGCUACUUCAUAGUCUUAGAUUUCAUCAAAGUACAAAUUUUCAAAUACUGGUCAUUUGAACUCACCGCCACUUUAUGGCCAUCAAAAGAACGUAGAACUAAACUUCACGAUCGUCAUACACAACACGAGCAUAAUAUAAAGGUUCAACGUACUAUCAAUAAGGUUCGCAAGGUUGUGCUUAUGUCUAAAGUGGUGCUUGCAUUCAAGUAUGCAGCAGCAUCAGCGUCAGAGAAACGACCAAUCACAGCAGCAACCACAACAAUAUAA